CGAUUGAUCCGCCUAUCCCUACUGUAAACAGUCCGCCAUUGUUUGGACGCCGGAGCAUGUGAAGGCAAGAAUGGCUCCUAAGCGUUUUAGGUGUUUUGUUGUUGGAUGUAAUAAUGAACAUUACAGUCGUCAUUUACUCCCGACAUCUGAGCCGUUGAAGACGCAGUGGACUAGUUACGCUUUUAAAGGGAACGUGCCUCCCGAUCUUCCUAAAUGCGUCUAUAUCUGCUCCAAUCAUUUCACAUCAGACUGCUUUGCAAACGAGGGGCAGUAUAAAGCAGGCUUUGCUAAAAAGUUGGUCUUGAAGGAUGGGUCGGUCCCAACGGUUCGUGACCCAGCUUCACCUCCAGAAAAACACUUCGUUGAGGGCCGGCCGACCCCUGCUCAUCCCGACCCUGUGGCAGCACUGAUAGAUGAGCGUAGUAAGAUACCAACAGUGUCUGAAGCACCGAGAGAAGGACUGCGAGACGACCGCAAACCAGACAGUGCUGAAAACAUCAGGUGUGAUCGACAAGGCGUUUCCAUUGUUAUAAAAGAAGAGCUGGUAGCAGAAUCAAUAAUGGAGGACAUCACUACAGAGGAGAGCACUGUGCUCAUUAAGAUGGAGUGCACAGAUGACCAACCCCAGACAGAAGAAACACAGGGGGAACUGGAAAGAUUGAAGACUCUUCUCGCUCAAAAAGAAAAAGAAAAUGACUUGCUAAGAGAGAAAAUACAAACCCACCAGGCUCUUUACCCACUGACACCAGAGACUGUAAAUAACAGCAGUGUCCCGAACUACUUCAAAUACUGCACUGGAUUCACUUACGACCAAUUUAACGAACUGUGCAGAUUUUUCGCCCUUCCAGAUAAUGAAACGGUCCCUGAAACUCACAUCCCCUUGACAUGUGAUAAACUGAACAGGCACCUCCGCCACAUGCCUUUACGUCAACAGCUUCUACUUGUACUUCUGAAACUAAGACAAAACUUCGACCUGGAAGAGCUAGCUUUCAAAUUUCAAAGCGACAUGCAAAGUGUUAGGACUUUAUUCAGUUCAUGGAUUGACUUCAUGUAUGACAGGCUUGGGAAUCUGUCUGUUUGGCCACACCGGGACAUCAUUGCAGAAAACAUGCCCCACAAGUACAAAGAAGAGUUUCCAACAACCUUUGCCAUUCUUAACUGCACAGAGAUAAAGAUAGAGAAACCUAGCUCACCUUUAGUACCGAGUCAGACUUGUUCUAAGCGUAAGUCUACUAACACACUCAAGUCUCUGAUAGCCUGUGAUCCUCAUGGCUCCAUUAUGUUUGCAUCUACGCUAUACAAUGGAUCAAUUUCUGACCAAGAGCUGUUUAGACGGUGUGAAAUCAAAGAUUUACUGAAAGGUCUGCUUCAGUGUGGCCACCUUAAGAGAGGUGAUGGGCUGAUGGUGGACAAGGGCUUUCUCAUUGAGAAAGAUGUGAAGGAGCUUGGCCUUCAACUAAACAUUCCUCCUCCUGCAAAUCUUCACAUGCCAGUCCCAGAUGUUCAGAUAGCAAAGACAAUAGCCAAACACAAAGUGCAUGUAGAAAGAGCAAUAGCCAACGUCAAAACGUUUAAGAUAGUGUCUGGUAGAAUCCCUAAUUACAUGUUAGAAAAUAUAAAUCAGAUAUGGUGGGUGGUGUGUAUGUUGUCAAAUUUCCAGCGACACAGCAUUCAGGCAUAGAUUGCUGAAGAAACCUCAUAGAGACAGCAAAGUGCUGCAGUUAAUUCAUGGCCAUGAUUGCUCUCUGCCUGUCACGACAGUUAUUACUAUACAUUUUGUACCCCAUCUUAACCUUUAUAAAUUAUAUUGUGAAUGUUUUUCUUUUGUAAUAAACAAAGGCUGACUGCAAAUGAUAAUAAUUCAGUCUUAAUCUGUAUCCCUGUUUUAGCUGCGAGCUCAAACCACUAGCAAGAGGUGCUUUUCCUGCAUCUAUUGGUGGCCUGUUUGCUGUGAAGGUCACAGAUGUUAAUGUCAAUCCUCUCAAUCAUUUCCAAAUCCUCAUUUUACACUUUAGACCAUGCUCUGCAAUAUACAAAUUCUCAUAUACUUGUCAUCAAAAUCCAGGUACUCCAACACCACAGUUAGUUGCAUGGUUUAUCAUAUUUGGUAUUUCUAUCAUUAUUUCUAAAUCAUGAAAACAGCUGCCCGACCAUUGCUGUAGUGACAGAAGUUGCAUUUCUGUUUCCGGUUUGUAAGUUCACUCCCAUCUCAACAGCUGUUACGGGCAGCAGUUUGAUGUAUCUGCCUCUUGGCUCAGGCUUGUUGAUGACUGGGCUGAGAAAGUGCAUUUUUGGGGUCUUUACAGAGGUACAGGGUAUAGAUAAGACCAACGACGGGGAUUGUUGCAGCUUACUAUAGACUAAAAAUGUUAUGUUAAUUAGCUAACACUAGCUAGGAUGACUUAGUGAAUGUGACGUUAUAAAUUCAUACUGCUUUUGCCUUUUAAUGAUUGUAAUUAUGGUUGGGUAUCAUUUGGGUUUUUUACAAUGCUGGUGCCAAAUCUGU